ACCAAUUGAUGGCAUGUUGCUGCGCGUAAGCCAUGCACAAGUCACACCUCAAAUAUUCAUUCUUAUAUACAAAAACCAUAUCUCACUAAACCUCUUGAUAAUAUUUCUCUAUCGUUUCCCCUCUCCUUUUCAUCUCCUUGCUUGAACAAUAUGAACACCAAAGUUGAAGAGAAGUUCUCCCAGUUUUUUGAGAAAUGGAUAUGUCAACUUAACGAGUAUCUGCAACAACUGCGAAGGGGUUCAGAGGAUUAUCAAGCUAAAACUAAUGGGUAUGACAAUGAGCAAGAGCUACAAGCUUUAGUAUCAAAAGUUGCACAACAUUACAAAGACUACUACACCAUAAAAUGGGCUUUAGCUCAUGAAGAUGUGCUUGCUUUCUUUUGUCCAAUCUGGGUUUCGCCUCUGGAGAAUGCUUGUUCAUGGGUUACUGGGUGGAAACCUUCAGCGGUUUUUAAACUGGUAGACUCAAUAAGGAAAUCUCGUCUUCCAGGUUCGAAUCUGGCUGAGUUGACACAAGAACAGCUGAGAAAGAUUGAGGCUUUGAGGGUGAGAAUAAGGUCAGAGGAAGAGAAGGUGGAGAGGGAAAUGGAGAGGCAACAAGUGGCUGUAGCGGACACAAAGAUGGCGGAGUUGUCGAGGUUGGGAAUUCGACUGAAGAAUGGAGAGCAAGUGAGCCAGGUGGAGGGACUGAUGCAGGUGGCACUGAAGGGAGUAUUGGCAGGAUUAGAGAAGGUGAUGAAAGCAGCAGACUGUGUAAGGCUUAGAACUUUGAAGGGAGUUUUGGAUGCUUUGAAGCCAGUAGAGUGUGUGGAGUUCUUGGCUGAGGUUGGCAUGCUUCAAAUUCAGCUCAGUCAAUAUGGAAAGCAAUGGGAUAUGCAGCAUCUUUAAUUAAUACUAAUUAGCAACUCUCUACUUGUAGGAUUUUAGGGGCUUUGGUUUCAUUUUGAGACUUU